CGCGCAGCCGCAGCGCUGCCAGCAUGCGCGCCGAGGCCCGCGGCGGCCUGGAGCGCUUCUGCAGCGCGGGCAAGGGCCGGGGGCUCCGUGCGCUGCGGCCCUUCCACGUGGGCGACCUCCUCUUCUCCUGCCCGGCCUACGCCUGCGUGCUCACCGUGGGCGAGCGGGGCCACCACUGCGAGUGCUGCUUCGCCAGGAAAGAAGGAUUGUCGAAAUGUGGACGGUGCAAGCAGGCCUUCUACUGCGGUGUGGAAUGUCAGAAAGAAGACUGGCCCCUGCACAAGCUGGAGUGCUCCUCCAUGGUUGUUUUCGGGGAGAACUGGAAUCCCUCGGAGACUGUGCGGCUCACAGCAAGGAUCCUGGCCAAGCAGAAAAUGCACCCAGAGAGGACACCUUCAGAGAAACUGUUGGCCGUGAGGGAGUUUGAGUCACAUCUGGACAAGCUAGACAACGAGAAGAAGGAUCUCAUCCAGAGCGACAUCGCGGCGCUCCAUCAGUUCUACUCCAAGCACCUGGAGUUCCCUGACCACAGCAGCCUUGUGGUGCUCUUUGCCCAGGUGAACUGUAAUGGCUUCACUAUUGAAGAUGAGGAGCUCUCUCACUUGGGAUCGGCAAUAUUUCCUGACGUUGCGCUGAUGAAUCACAGCUGCUGCCCGAAUGUCAUUGUGACCUACAAAGGCACCCUGGCAGAAGUCAGAGCUGUGCAGGAGAUCCACCCAGGAGAUGAGGUGUUCACCAGCUAUAUCGACCUGCUGUAUCCAACAGAAGACAGGAACGACCGGUUAAGAGACUCCUACUUCUUUACCUGUGAGUGCCGGGAGUGUACGACCAAGGACAAGGACAAGGCCAAGGUGGAAAUCCGGAAGCUCAGCAGCCCACCACAGGCAGAAGCCGUCCGAGACAUGGUCAGAUACGCGCGCAAUGUCAUCGAGGAGUUCCGGAGGGCCAAGCACUACAAAUCCCCUAGUGAGCUGUUGGAAAUCUGUGAGCUCAGCCAGGAGAAGAUGAGCUCUGUGUUUGAGGACAGCAAUGUGUACAUGCUACACAUGAUGUACCAGGCCAUGGGUGUCUGCCUGUACAUGCAGGACUGGGAAGGAGCCCUGAAAUACGGCCAGAAGAUCAUCAAACCCUACAGUAAGCACUAUCCCGUGUACUCCCUCAACGUGGCCUCCAUGUGGCUGAAGCUGGGAAGACUGUACAUGGGUCUGGAGAACAAAGCUGCCGGAGAGAAGGCCCUGAAGAAGGCCAUCGCCAUCAUGGAAGUAGCUCACGGCAAGGACCACCCGUACAUCUCCGAGAUCAAGCAGGAAAUUGAGAGCCACUGACCAUGCGUCCCAGCUUUCCGUCAGAAACCUCACAGGACUUGAAUAUUUCCAACCUCACAGUCACCCCAGCCUUCUGCAAAGCCUCGCCGUGCUGUGUUCCAGUUCACAUUCAGCUCUGACCUUAAAGUCAUUUCCAGUGCUUGCCUGUGCUCUAAGGGCUGUGGCAUGAUUUCACAUAAUAUAUAUUUUGGGCAGAUUGAGCUUUAAAAAAUGCAACAAUUUUCCCUCUGUGCCUGUCGGAAUGCUCUGCAGAGCUGACCGAGGAGAGAAUAAAAGCGCCAGUCCUUAAA